AUGGUAACGAUUAAAAUGAAACGUAGCUAAGCUACCUGAUUUCACAAGACGCGUGAUGUCUGUCUAGUAGUCGUGUCCAAUAUGGCGUGUGUAUUGUGAAUUGCAUUAACGUGCAGGUUCUGCUCCUGCUUCUAGUGCAAUUAUUUUUGUGAAUAAAAGGAAUGAGAUAAAUAUUACAAAUCUGUAGUAAAACAAUGUACAAUGAACUACAGUGGGAAUAUGCCAGAUUGGCACCAAUAUAAUGCCUCGCAAACAAAUGAAGUUACACCAUCUGCACAAAAUGUGAAUUCUGGUCAUCUUGCAUUCAUUCCUGGUGUCAGUCCACCAACAUUAAAUGCAAUUAGCCUUAACUCAGAGGGUUUAAAUAAACAUCAGAAUGAUACAAGUUAUAAUCCAAGGAACUUUCAAUCUUUUAACAAUGUCACAAAUGGUUCAACAAUUCCAAACAACAGCCCUCUUGCAUCUAUGGUGCAAAUGCAGAACUGCAUUGGUCAUUAUGGUUCUCAGAACACAAGAAAUCCUAUGUUAGAUAACAUAAAUGCUUCUGUAGAUCCUAGAAGUGCCACAAUAGGAAACAUAAACGAUGAGAUGGGAUAUAGAAGCAACCAGGUGCCUUUUAAUGGACCUGUUGGUCAUCUAAAUGGACCAAAUUGUAAUUUAAAUACACCAUCUGGACCUAGAACAGGGCGUGGACCUAUCCCUGGAGCUAGAACCAAUUCAGGAUCAGGACUUGGAACUAAUCCUAGCACUGGAACUGGUCCAAUAUUUGGGCCUGGUCCUAGACAUGGACCUGUAUCGGGACAUGGAUCAGGCUCUGGACCUGGAAAUAUGGGACCAAGAAACACUAAUAUUGGUUCAUUACAACCUCCUGGAAAACCUGGACCAUCUUCAUCAUAUAUGCCUUGCAAGAGUUUGUGCUGUAAUUCAGAUCCUAACAUUGGUUAUCAGCAGUGGGAAAAAUAUGGAUCCUACCAACAAAAUAAUGAUUCAUACAGGGAUAAUGUACACCCAUCUAGCUAUCAAAUGGAAAAUAGACAUUUUGGAAAUAGCUGUAAUUUUAGAAAAGAUAAUUUAGAUGGUAAAGAAGUAAUGGGUUCCGUAUUACCCAAUGCAUCGUCCGUAGAUCAUAGAAGAAAUUUCGCGGACUAUAAAUAUCAUAAAGAUCACUUAGUGCAUAGAAAUUACUCCUCUUCAGGAAUGUUUCACAAUUACUCUAUGCAAAGUUAUAAUUAUUCCGCAGAUCAUCAGAAAUAUACUUAUCCUAUGAAAGAACACACAAAAACUAAUAACCUGAAUAUGUCAAAUUCGGGAAUUCUUAAACACCAAGAGCAAAAUUUUAUUGCUCAACAAAAAUUUAACAAUAAACAAUAUCAAUAUCAAAAUGGAAACAUGCUACCUAAAGGGGUACCUACUUUAAAUGUAAAUGCGAAUAUGGCAUCAUCUUCUCAAAAUCCAUACUUUAAUUCCCAAUUUCAAAGAAACAUUUCUACAGAAAUGUCUCACGAAUGUCAAGAAACCACCGAUAAUACAGCAAUGAUAAACAGAAUGCAGGGUACCUUUAUGCACAGCUCUCCUCCACAACAUCAAAUGUAUCAACAUAAAAUAGCAAUGCAAAAAUUCUCGAUAGAAAAUCACCUUAGAGAACUGAGUAGAAUACCUGGAUACCAGUCUCAUCCCAAAUAUAAAGAAUGUGUUCUCAGAUAUAGAGAAGUAUUAAAAUUACAACAAUCGUCCGGUUACCAAAAUCCAGUUCAACAAACACCACGUGUCGCAACACCCGUGAACACCACAGUACUGCCCAUUAAUUUGCAAUUCGAUCAAAAUGGUAUGUUAAUAAAUUCUAGUUAUCUACCUGAUAAUUUUCCUAAACUUCAACAUACACCAAAUGUAGAACAAGUGCCACAAAACAUAGACAAGCAAAGUAAAGACCAAGAUAUUGCUAUGGUUAACGAAAAAUGCCAACAAUCCCAACAAUCAGAGCAAUUAAUGAUUCCUCGGCAAAAUGAACAUGUUCCUUCUUCUUGUGCAGAAACGUUUCAGAAACAGAAUCAGUUCUCGAUGCACAAGGACUUCAAUCAAAAUCAACUGAAAGUACAAACGAACGAGAGUCACAACUUUGAUACUUUAAGCACUAAUACUAGCAACGAAACGAUGGAGCAGAAAGCUUCGAAAGAAUUUGCUAAUAAACCAGAUUUGGAUGUUAGACAAUUUCUAGCUAAUUGGGAUGAAACUGAUGACGAAGAAGGAACAACAAACUUAACGGGUACUACUUUAAAUGAAACAACUCCGGUCGUUGUGGUAAGUUAUGAAAAUAUAGAUCUAUCAUCGAAAACAACGCAAAGCACGGAAAUCCCCCCCAAAAAUAGUUUUUGUUCGAAUGACGACUUAGAAAAUGAGAAGAAAAGUGAAACAAAUAUCAUAGCAACUCAAGAUUGUUUGACAAUAUCAUAUUCCGCAUCUGACAAUUCUGAGACCGCUAAAACUUCCAAGAGGACUAUUGGGGAAGGUGUCGUGAAGCCUGGAAGUAUUAUACAUUGCAUCAGCAACGGUCCUGACGAAAUACCUACAAUUCACAUAGUUGAUAACUUAGAAAUAAGCAACAUUUUGGGGGCACCUAAUGAUCAGGUUAUACAGACUUUGGAGAAGCAGCAGAAAGCGAUACCCUUUUUUAGAGAAUCGAGUAAUAAUGAAACGGAAGCGAUAGCUCUCGAAAAUAGGCGGAAACAUAACAAGAGUGAUGCUCACAUACUGCCUACUGACUAUACUACAUCUUUGGAUGACGUGAAUAAGAAUACAAGUAUCGAACAUUCCAACAUAACUAAAACAAUUCAUACGACUUCAAUUUCAAUGAACAAUCAGGAAUUAAGAGUUCUAUCAACGUCGGAAAAAGAUAAUUUAGAAGUCAGUGAUAACAUGGAAUUGAAGAAACAGCAUAGCUUUGAAGAAUCCCACAACCCUGACGAUAUUAGUUUACCAGAUUUACCAACUUCAGAGUGUACACCAAUAUCUACUACACUGAACACUCCUAUUCAUUCGGAUAGCGAAGAAUCUUCGCAAAACAUGGAAGAUUUAUCAAUAUCCACAAAUCCGAUAGAAGUAAUGCAGAACAGUCCAGUAAUUAGUUUCACGCAACUGAACAGUGAAGAUAAAAUAAAGAAUAAGUUUCUUGGUACUUUGGAGCUGGAGUAUCAAAAGGAGAAUCGUUAUAAGAGCAGCGAGGCUAGUAGUAGCCACGAGCAGAAAGUAACUUUAGACAAUUUUGACUUUUCUAACGAGUCUAAAGCAAAAUCGAAUGAAGCAAUUAAGAAUAAGCAGAUGAAAAGUCUCGGGACCAAUACUGUGAGGAAGAAAGUGUGCCUAAUAGAUAGUAGGGUUUCUGAUGCGUGUGGUAUUUUGACGUCCAUGGAAUACGAAUUGAAGGUUCGACAGGAGGCUAUUGAAGGUGAGAAGAGUUCAAAUCAUGAAUCUCUCAAUUAUACGCACGAGAGGAAACACAAAAGUAUUAGAAGACCGGUAGAAGCGAUGGUAUCUGGGAUUCAAAGCGGUGACGCCAAUGAUAACAUCAUUUCUAAUGUAAAUUUGAGUCUAACAGUGUCUGACGACGAGGCACAAACGUUAAAAAAUGAUAAAGAAUUUUUCAAAAGGAAAAAAAUGAAGACUUCAAUUGUAUCCACUAACGCUCACUGUUCAACAUCCUCCGAAGUUGAUCCAAAUGUCAAGAAAAAAGCGAAAGAGACAACAACUUGGGAAGACAAAAGCACAGACAAAUACUUAAAUAGGAAUUUAACUCAAAAGAAAGAUGCCGAUAAUUUGAAACAAUCAAAAGUUUCUGACGUGAGGAAGUUCGAUGAUUCAUGCUCAUCCCAAGACGGAGAGCAUUCUGUGUGCCAUAUGACUUCUCAAUGUAAACACUAUUCCGUUGCUGUGAUAAAGGAUAAUGUUACUUUAAGUGAUAAGAGAACACACGGCACUACAGAUAGGAUCAUAAGCGAGAAAUCAACCGAGUUCCCAUCCAAGUCGAGCAGUACCAAUACCAAAGAGUUUCCUGAAGAGGCAGAAAUUAAAAAGCGCGUAUCUAGCAAAACAGUUUCAACGUUGCCCGAAAGCAUACAUUCUCAGACCUCUAAGUUACUGCAAAAGGAUUUAAAAACUGUCGAUGGAGACGUUAGAUAUACCAUGGAGGAAAUGCGAUUCCUAAAAGAAUACAGAAAGAAGAAGGAAAGAUUAUAUCAGACUCAUGAUAUACACAAUGAUAACAAUAGGGAUGAAAAAUUAAAAGCUAAAAACCAUAAGCUAGAAUGUUCACAAAUUUGGCAGAACAACGAAAUACUAGCAGCACACAAAGUAUGUUUAGAGCAAAAUUCCGUAUCCUCGAUAGCUAAUUUGAAUUCAGAAAAUCUGAUGGCUCAGGAAGAAGCAAAGAAUCACUCGUGUUCGAAGAAUUUAGUAAAAAAUGCUGACUUUGGGAUUCAAGUUGCCAAUGUAAACUUGAAAAUCAAAGACAACGAUAUCGGUAAAGAGUUAAUACUUGGAGACAAUAAUCAGGAACACGUGAAAGAUUCUUUGGAGGGAAUCAAAAUCGAAAUUAACGUGUCGUGUACAGAUAGAAACUUAAACGGACAGGAGCAGAACAAACGAUUGCUGUACGGUGAUCAUACCCUUUACGAAAUCGACAAUUCACUUUCCUAUUCAAACACGCUGGAUUGUCAACGUAGAUUGCACACCAAGGACCAAGGAGACAGCUCAAAAUUAUCCGAAAGAGCUUACAGAGCGUUUGAAAAAUCCGAUGCAGCAGUAGAUGCUAUCAAAACGAACCAAGCUAAAAGCGAGGCAGAGAAAUUGAGGCUAUCUUUCAAGAAAGAUAGGAGAUCUUCGUUGGAAGCAAACGACGAAACUAGCUCUAUCGUUUCUAAAGAAACGUGCGAUUUAAUUUCAGAUAGUCAGCCUGUUAAUAAAUCCUUGCGCAACAGCGUAUUCUCUAAGGAUAUAUCGAAACCUGAUGUAAUCGAAGCUACCAAUUAUAGCGUUGAUCACGUGGAUAUAAUGACGACGAAAAGUGCAAUAUCGAAUACUGCCAUAAUCGAUGUAAAUAACAAAGUUAAGGGGAAAAACAAAGUGGAAAGUGACAAAGAAGAUAAUUCUAUACGUACAGACGAUGAUCAGGUGAUAAAAGUACAGAAACAAGGUUCUACGAGUUUUGUAGACGUUUCAGAUAUAUUAGAGAAAGAAUUAACAAGUGUGCCUCAUUCGAAUACUUCUACAAAACUGCCAGAAAGCAGCCUUGUCGAGUUAAGGGCGAAGUCACUGCACAGUCUAAGCAACUUGGACUUCAAGUUCGGCAAAUAUUCUGGAGUGGGUUUAGACCGUGUCCAUCGCGUAGGCGAGGAAUUGGAAGAGGAGGGAUACACGGGUAAGUGGAAGAAGCCAAAGAUAGAUGAGAUUUUCGAAGACUGUGACAUGUUCCAAAGUAGCAGCGGCUACGUAAAUCCGAUAUUUUCAAGCAUAGAUAAGCUGGAGGACCUGCACACAGUUCCUGUAUAUACUACCAAAGAUGGCAAGAUAUCCUACAGUCCUAAUCGAAGAUUUACCUAUCACGAGCUAAUGAUGGAGGCUCGUAAACGGGAGCCUUAUUCCUCCGCAAAGAAGCCCCAUUACGCAGAAACUUGGAACAACUACUACAACUCAAAAUUUCGUAAACUGUAUAAGAAGAAGCGACACCAUGGUCUUAGUGAUAGGAAAAAGUACGAAUAUAAGGAUACCAAGUAUCUUUAUGAUAGAAAAAGGAAUUAUUCUGAUGAAUUUUGUGAUAAAAGUCAUGUUAAGUACAGGGAUUACGUUCAUAGCAUUAGGAACAAUAAUGCGGCUUGGUCUGAUUAUUGUAAAAUUGAUAGAAUAUAUAGCAGCAGCGAUUCUGAUGAACAGAUGAUAGAUCGCAACAAGAAUCGCAUUACGGAUUCAAAUAGUUGUAAAAAAGAUCAGGCUACAGCGAAUAAGGUUGUAACUAUUUCUAAAUCACGCGACGAUGAGGUUGUUGUCAACGAAUUAGAUAUGGAAUCUAAGAAUAAAACAAAUAAUGUUAUUGAUGACGUAGUUAAAGAUAAAAAUAUAAAUUUAGAAGAGACGCAAUCGGUUCAGACCGAAGUUCUUGAUAUUGAGAAAAAUGACGACGAUAAUGCAAAUACCACUAACAAUUGUACGAGUAAUUGUAUAUCUAAUCAGCAGUCGGAUACAUUAUCGAGUUCGGUACAAUCGAACCACGAAGAACAAAAUGUUGAAAAUCUACAGGUAGAUGAAAAUAAAAAUUUGAAUAACGAAGGUACGGAUCGGAUUAUCGAUAAAGCUGAAAAUAAGAUUAUUCCCGAAAACGAAGAGAAUGUAGAUUCGAAGAACGAAUCGUCCAUUUCAGAUUUGUUGCAUAAAGAAUCAUUAUUAGACGAGGAAAACCAGGUAUCUGGUUUAUGCAAUCUUGAGCAGGAAAGAAACGACGAAAAAAUGAUUUCCGAAGGGACAGAUAUUGAAAAUCUGAAAGAAAAGAUUGAUACAAGCAUACGUGAUCUGUAUGAAACGUGUGAAACUUCUAUAGAAGUUGAGAAUAAUUUUGCAAAUAUAGAGUGCACGGAAGAUAAUAAAAAUUUGGAAACUGAAGAGAUCAAUAUAUCCGAGGCUGAAAUUUUUGUUACAGAGGAAAUUUCAGAACUUCAGGUAGAUCCCAGCGAUGCACUUGAUCGAGUUUCGCAAGAAUUUUUGGAAUUAGAAACGUCGAACGACGUAUUUAGCGAAAUGGUUGACGAAUGUGAGAAAAAUAUCAGCCAAGGACAUAUCUUAGAAUGCGAAGAAGAAAUUGUGCAAUUUGGCGAAGAAGUUGAAAUUCCAAACGAAGAUCAAAAACACGAGGAAAGCUUGAGCAACGUGGAAGAGGAAAAUAUUGAAGUCUCUAAACAGCAAGACGAUAAUAGUUCGUCGAAAGUUGAUUCUCUAGCGGAUCACGAGGAAUCUGAAUCUCCGGUAGCGUUGACUGACAUAACCGAUCAAGAAGACAAUUCGCAACAUAAUUCUGUUGAAAUUAACGAACGAGAACCUGAUUUUAACGCGAAUUCUGAUCAAGUAGAUAAUAUAAUCGUCGAGAAAGAAAAUUUUAUUGGUUUCUCCAAAGAUGAGAUUCAUACUGACGAUAAAAAUAUCGACAAAGUUGUAGAUGCAUUAAACGAAGAAGAAAUAGGAACUGUUCAGUCAAAUAUAGAAGAAAUUGCAGCAGAGCAAGUAGUAAUCGAUAGUUCAAAGAACGAGGAUGAAUCGAGUGAUUUUGCAACUGACCUGGGGAACAAAAUAAACCUCGAUCAAGAUCCUUUGGCAGAAAAAGAAAUAGCUGUUGCCAGCACGUAUAGCGUUGCCGAAAAUUCUGUAAUUACGAAUGAUGAGAAUAGCAAAGGUAAAAUCGAAGAAGAUAAACAAGAACAAAAACAGCAUCUCUCCCUCGAACAAAUUUCUCGUAACAGCUCGACUCUGCCGACAGAUAGCAAUGUAGACCUGAAAGUAAUUCCCAAACUUGUCAUAAAGAAAACUGACGUAUCGAAUUCGAAGUCAGAGUGCACACUGGAUUACACAGAUUCGUGUGAAAGCUACAAUAGGUAUGAUGCGAAAUUAUUAUCCGAAGUACGUCCAAAAAUACCGAAAGUAAUCAUUAUGAAGAAUAGAUCACGCUCAGUGACACCGACAGCUGAGCUUUUAGACAAAGCGAAAUCCGACAAAACGCAAUCUCUUCCUCCACAACAUAACGAUGAAAGCGUGGACAUAGAUAAUAGUGAUUUCGAAUCGUACACUUUGAAAUACAAUAAUUACGAGAAUAAGGUACCAAAGGUGAGGAUAAAAUUGGAGGAUAUAUCGACGAAGGAUUUAAAACUAUACUUGAAGCGAAAAGCUACCAAGAAAAGCGUUCCAAAGGUGAGGAUCAAAAAGUUCAAGACGCAAGAAAGUAAAAGAAUCGAAAUGGAGGAAAGUUCAGGAACAGAAGUUACCGAUUCCGACGAAGAAGAUAAGAAUCGUCACAAAUCGAUGACCAGCGAUACGGAAAUUGAAAAAAUUCCGAAAUUGAAGUUGAAAAAACAAGAAGAAUCCAGUUCUUCGGUAUCUGAGAAAACUAAAAUGAAAGAUUCGAGUAUUCUUAAAGCUUCUUCGAAAAGAACCAGAAGGAUGAAGGAGGAGGACUCGAAACAUACUACCAAAUACGACGGUACAUUGAUUAAUGAUGAAUUAAAGAAGAAAUUUCCGCAAUGCAUUAUCGAGAAAGUUCCAAAAGUUAUAAUAAAAAGAACUCAAAUCGGUACAGAAUUUAAAUGUGAAAUUAGUAAAAGUAAAAAAAAAUCAAUCGCUGAAACAUCCAAAUGGCAACCAAAAGUAAAAUUGCAAAGAUUAGAUAUUCUGGAUUAUAUGGUGAAAGAUUUGAAACGAUCAAAGAUCAUAUUAAAGGAUAAGCUUAAUUCGCCUACGCGAGUAAAUGAUAAUAUGAAUGACACUAGCAAUGAAAAUAUAAUUGAUAAUAGCGAAGUAAAAUUGUGUAGGUCUAGUUCAGCGUCUAACUUAUCUCCUACUAAAUGCAAGCACAGGAGACUAUCAGACUCCGAUUACGCUAAAAUGAGUAAAAAAUCAAUUACUGAAUUCGAUGAAAAUUUGGGUAAUACUGAUAAUGAAAUUAUUUUCACAUCAAAUGACAGCGAAAGUAGAAAUUUUAAAAGGGAAGAGAGAAAGAAAUUCUUCUCUCAAAGCAGACAAGUGUACAGUAGUCUGGAUAAUGAGAGCGAGAAUGAAAUGAGAGAAGCUAUAAUGAAACAUUCCUUUAGAGAUAUUUUAAGAAACGAAGACAACGAUCUAUUGAUUACAAACAAGGAAUACUCAUCAUUUGAGAGCAAGGAGAACAGACCUUUUACAGAAGACAGAUUUCUAGAGUCUUCUCUACAUUCACAUAAUUAUAACGAUAAUAAUGGUUCGAUAAUCAAAGUCGAUUCUUCCGAUGAAAGUCAAACUACGAUAGAAAUUCUGCCAGCAUCGCCAGAUAGUAUCGACGAUGAAACAAAGGACUUUGAAUUUGAGAACACUGAUGAAAUAAGUAUGGAAGAUGCAAUACCAACUCAAUUGGAAUUGGAAUUAGAGCUUAUUGACAACAACAAUAUAUGUUCUGGGAUACUUGCGUCGAAAAUUGACUAUGCAUCACAUUCUAAGAGUAAAUGCACUAAUGAUCAAUCCGCAAAAACGUACUUCAGUGAAUAUCAGCAUUCUCCACAAAACACCUUUGAUCAAAACGAAUAUACUUCGUUGAAGAAGCAACAAUUGCAAAAUUCGGAGAAGGAAUCAAAUGAUUACUUUUAUUGUAAUGACUUAUUAGUUAAGGAAGUGUUAGCUGCUAAGGAAACGCUAAAGAAAUGUUUGACUCGCCCUGACAGCGAAGAUGUAGAAAAGAAUAAGUCGCGACAUAGAACAGUAGCUGAAAAGAAGCAAGGUUUAAGUUUCAGUUUUAACGAUCUUGAAAUGUCACUAGACAAAUCUGAGGAAGUAUGUUCCAAUAGUGAGAACAAUAAAGUAAAUGUAAGUAGAAGAUCUAAAAAUUUGGAAAAGGAAGAAUGCAAAUCUCCCUGUAGGAUGAAUGCAGAAGAAGUUGAAGAAAGCUGUUUCAAACAAGAUAAAAUUUAUUCUUUGGAUUGCCCUACAGCUUCUACACAUGGAGACAGCAGUGUACUUGAACCAACUACAAUUUCUUUAAAGGCUUCUAAGAAAUUUGAUGAAAUAACGACGAGUAGAAUUACUAACGACCCUGAUCUAUCAAAUAAAGACACAAACAAUGCAGAAGAAUUGCAGGAAGCAAAAUUUAAGAAGAAAACGAGCAGUAGCAGUGGAGAUCAGAAAGAUAAUAAUAAUUCAAGCAACACAAAAACGAAAGAAGACAACAUGCCAUUAUUAGUGCCAGAAUUUGCUUUAAAUUUUGAUUCAAGCUCGGAUAGAGAUAGUUCUAGAUCUCCACCUGUUAUAACGAAUCAAGACGAAGUUGAACAUGUUGUUGAAGAUGCAAAAUUGAUAGAAAGCAAAGUGAUAAGUCAAAUUGAGAAAAUAGAAGAAAAUAAGAAACAUUCCUAUAAAGACUGUAAAAUGACUAUAUCUGAUAUUAUAACGCAAUUAGCUUAUCAUGAAAAGGCAACAAUAAAACAUAAGAGAUACUGUAAUUUAUGCGAAAGAUGGUUUCCUACAACUUCACGACAUCGUCGACAUUUAGCCGGGUAUCAACAUCGUUACAUGGAAUUGACACAACGUAAGAGCAUUCACGCACUUUUUAUUCUGUUUACUGGCAAACCUUGCCCAAGGCUUUUGCCAGCAAAUGUGAUUCGCAGUGAUUGUUCCAUAGGAGAAUUGACGCCUUUGCAAAUUGCGGUUCAGGACGUUGCAAAAUGCGUUGAAUAUACGCAACAAAAUCAUAAAACGAAAGAAUGAUAGUAACAAGUUGCUACAAAUUAC